AUUGUUUCGAUCAGCAUUCAUAUUUCUUUCGUUGUCAAGUGUAUUAGUUCCAUUAUUUGGGAGAAAAAGCCAAGUUAACGGUAAUUUGAUAACGACGCUAUUUUUAAUGACGCAUUUUUUGUUUCUAGUUUAACUGCGGUUCGUCAUAUUGAUAUUUUAGAAGAAUACCAGAAAAUAUUGCAAUAAAAAAUGGAUAAACCAUCAGCAAUUGCUGGUCGUGCACGUGGAAGAGCUGGUCCUGGAAAUCAGCAAUCAUCUAAUAGAGGACGAGGCAGACGUCCGGGACAAACGGCUCCAGCCCCAGGUGGGCUAACAGAAGCUGCAAGAUCAACUCCUUUUGCUUGGGGCAAUCCUAAUGUUGGUGGAGCAAGGGGUACAAGUAGAGGCGGACUAGUUAUGAGUGCUGCACAGCCUACAGCAAUAGCGCAACAACGGCCACCAGCGCCAGUAACCCUAGGACGAGCCACCACUCAUCGUGAUGUACCAGUUGUGGAAUCACAAGGAGCUGUGGGAAAGGAGGACAAUCGUGGUGUCGUUCGUGGAAAACGUGUUAUUGCCGAAUUAGUUCACUCUCGUCCUCAAGAUCUGGCAACAAAGUGCGGUACGAUUGGUGACAAAGUGUCAGUACAAACAAACUACUUUCGCAUACUUAGAAAGCCCAAAUGGUCAAUUCAUCAAUAUCGUGUUGACUUUAGUCCUGAUGUAGAUAUGAUUCGUCUUCGUCGUGCUUAUUUAGCACAACAUAAAGAUCUAUUUGGUGGUUAUAUAUUUGAUGGUACAUUGUUAUUUUGUACAAAUUUCUUUAUGGAUCAAGCAGAAAAUGGUCAAAAGGAACUUUUAACUAAAAAUCGCGAAGGGGAAACAAUACUGAUAAAAAUCAAACAUGUCGGCAUUGUUGAUGUUUCUGAUGCCCAACAAAUACAAGUUUUAAAUUUGAUUUUACGCCGUGCUAUGGAAGGUUUGCAAUUGCAAUUAGUUGGUAGAAAUUUCUUUGAUCCAGUUGCAAAAAUUAACUUAGAUAGUUACAGAAUGGAACUUUGGCCUGGAUAUCAGACUUCAAUUAGACAGCAUGAAAGAGACAUAUUACUAUGCGCAGAAAUUACCCACAAAGUAAUGCGUACACAGACACUUUACGAAAUUCUAACUGAAUGUUCGCGAGAUUUUCAAGAUUUCCAAACAGGUUUUAAACAGCAAGUUGUUGGAACUGUUGUUCUUACUGACUACAACAAUAAAACAUAUCGAGUGGAUGAUGUUGACUUUAAAGCAUCGCCAAUGUCAAAAUUUGGUACCAAGGAGGGUGAAAUUUCUUAUAUCGAGUACUAUAAAAAGCGUUACAAUCUACAUAUUCGAGAUCAAAAUCAACCAAUGUUAAUUUCUCGUCCCACGGAGAAAAAUAUUCGUGGUGGUCAAAAUGAAUUUAUUAUGCUGAUACCUGAAUUGUGUCGAGCAACAGGAAUAACUGAUGCUAUGCGGAAUAAUUUCAAAUUAAUGAGAGCAAUGGGCGAUUAUACCCGAUUAAAUCCUGAUCGUCGCAUGGAACGCUUGCGUACAUUCAAUAAACGACUGCACAGCUCAAAAGCUAGCAUGGAUGUAUUCUCUCUGUGGAAUAUGAAGCUUGAUACAAAUUUGGUGGAAGUUCCUGGCCGUAUAUUACCAAGUCAAAGAAUAGUUUUUGGCAAUCAAAAAAAAGUUACUUGCAACAGAAACGUCGACUGGACACGUGAAUUCCGAGAUUCUUCCAUGUACUCUCAAGUCGACAUACGACGAUGGUAUGUAGUUGUGCCACGUCGUAACUUGAGAGAAGUUCAGGAUUUUGUCAGAAUGUGCAUUCGAGCUGCAGGUUCAAUGAAAAUGCACAUAUCUGAACCGAGAUAUGAGGAAAUGCCUGAUGAUCGUAAUGGUACCUAUUCUCAAGCAAUUGAUAAAACGACAGCUCAAGAUCCACAAAUACUAAUGCUUGUACUUGUUAAUAAUAAUGAGGAGAAGUAUUCUUGUAUCAAGAAGAAAUGCUGCGUAGAUAGACCGGUGCCAUCGCAAGUUUGUACACUAAGAACGAUCGCUCCAAGAGGUGAUAAAGCUGCUGGGCUUAUGUCGAUUGCAACGAAAAUUGUUAUUCAAAUGAACGCCAAGCUAAUGGGUGCUCCGUGGAUGAUUGAUAUUCCAUUGAAUGGACUUAUGACUGUGGGCUUCGAUGUUUGUCAUUCGGCAAAGGAGAAAAAUAAAUCGUACGGCGCUCUUGUAGCAACGAUGGAUUUAAAACAAUCAACUAAAUAUUUUUCAUCCGUUACCCAGCACAUGAAAGGCCAGGAGCUUUCCAACGAAAUCAGUGUCAAAAUGACUUGUGCUCUCAAGGCGUAUCGUGCUACACAUGGAACACUGCCGGAACGAAUUUUAUUCUACCGUGACGGUGUAGGUGAUGGCCAACUUCAUCAGGUUUUUAGUACAGAGGUGAAAUUUCUCAAAAAUAAAUUAGAUGAAAUUUAUAAAUCUGCUGGUUUUGAGAAAGGCUGUCGUCUCGCAUUCAUUAUCGUGUCAAAGCGUAUAAAUUCGCGGUAUUUUGUAAACAGUCAAAAUCCGCCACCCGGUACUGUAGUCGACGAUAUAAUCACAUUGCCAGAACGUUAUGAUUUCUUCUUAGUAUCACAGUCGGUGCGACAAGGCACAGUUUCGCCUACCAGUUAUAACGUCAUAUACGAUAAUAUGGGAAUGGAUCCUGACAAAAUUCAAAUUUUAACUUAUAAAAUGACUCAUUUAUAUUAUAAUUGGUCGGGUGCAUUACGCGUUCCAGCGGUUUGUCAAUAUGCUCAUAAAUUGGCUUUCCUUGUAGCAGAGAGCAUUCAUCGUGCUCCAAAUAAUGUGUUGGAAAACCAACUGUACUUUCUGUAAUCAUUAGAACGAACAAGCAAUUUUAUUUAAAUUAUUAAGCUAUUUUUACCAAUUAAAUUUAAAGAAUUCCUUAAAAGUUGUUAAAACUUUGUUUUAUUGCUGACAAAAUUUCUUUAUUGAUUUUAAAACAAACUUUGUUUAU